AUGAUACCAAGCGAAGGAAUCAGGGGUAAAAUGUUAUGGAAGGUGGAUAAUAAUGAUAAUAAUUCAAAAGCAAAUUUCGUUUUAACAGAAGCAACAUUUACCAAUUUUGUUAUUAGUCCCAGUUAUAGAAAUAUUUGUCCUCCUCAAUAUUACGUUGUAUCAUCCGUUUGUCACAACAUGUCGCCUCUAAGUCCGUUUCCCAGAGAAGAAUUCGAAGAUUUUCGUUCUUAUUACCGUGUAAAAUAUGAUGCCGAGAUAACAAAUUUAGAACAACCUCUUUUAAAAGUUAGCAGACUACCCAAUUGUUUAAAUUUUAACAAGCCAAGAAUAAACGAUAAUAAAUCAAUGGAUAAAUUUUCGUUUUUGGAUCAAAGCCGUCUUCUUACCCACAAUUCUUAA